ACUCAAAUCACGACUCAGUGACUCAAAUCACGACUCAGUGACUCAAAUCGUUCUUCCCACAAAAAAAAAUGGUAAUUGCGACAGCAUCGACUCCAUUUUCACUCUCGUCGUCUUUGGUUUUCACGCGCCGUCGUAAUUCCAAGCGUUUUUCAGUAACCGCCAGUCUUUCUCCGGAGGUUUCUCCUCUUCUCCGAGCAGCUCACCACACCGUGGAUAAAUAUGUAAAGAGUGGGAUGAUUAUUGGUUUAGGAUCUGGAGAAGCUUCAGAUAUGGCUAUACGUUAUUUGGGUCAUCAACUUCGUUCUGGUUCUUUACAAAAUGUUGUUGGUGUACCAAUGUCUGCUCGAAGCGCGAGUGAAGCAGCAAAGUCUGGAAUCCCUUUGGAAUAUUUCCGGGAUGGUUUUCAGAUUGAUUUUGCAUUUCAUGAUGCUGAUGCUGUAGAAGAGAAUACGCUUAUUGCAGUUAUUGGGCGGCGAAGAAGUUCACAGGAAGAUGAUUAUAUUCUGAAACAAAAGUCUAUUGUAAAAGCAGCUGAUGAGGCAGUCUUCAUUAUAAAGGAAGAACAAUACAAAGCCGGUCUUGAAGGUUCUAUCCCUGUUUUAGUUCAAUCUCUUAAUUGGUUGGCCAUAGCUGAGGAGAUAGAUGACUUGUAUUUAGGCGAUGCAGAGGUUUGGAGAAGAGCUUCUGUAGAAAAUGAAGGCCCUCUUGGAGGAAACUUUCCUAUAGUUACCAGUGAUGGUCACAACAUUCUUGAUGUUAUAUUUACAACUCCAAUUCCAAGCCUCGCUGACGUGGCUACAAGCCUGGAUAAGAUUGAUGGGGUUGUGGACCAUGGACUAAUUAUCAAAACUCGAUGCACGGUGAUGAUCGCAGAAGAAACUGAAGUAAGAAGUGUUACCUUGCAGACCAGUGCAGUGGAGGGUGGUGUGUGAACCUAUGGAGAGACUUUGCAGAAGUAGUUCGUUUCACACAUUACCUAAUCAGUUCAUAGAGCAAUGCCGUAACUUCUACAAGUUCUUUUUCUAUAAUCAGUUCAUUCCAAACAACAAUCAAGGAAUAUAGAGGUAUAUAUUUAUUGUACUCAUUAUAGAACAGUUGUUAUCUUAUAUGUUUGAAUAAGUCUUAAGAUUAUAU